AUGUUGGCCCUACGGUCUACUCUUGUUUUCUCCACGCUCAUCCUUACAUUUUUUUUUGUUGUAACGCAAUCUUUUAAACUCAACGACAAUGUAAAGAUACAAAUUUUAGGGAAGCCAAACCAAAAACGCGUCGCAAAGGAGCACAACCCGCCUCCAUGUUCCCCAGAUGGCUACCCCAAGAUCCUCGGCCUCAAGGACACUGGAGCCAAAGUUGGCGUCCUGCCGUAUACAUCACAAAUGGUCAAGGAUGCAAAUGCGAAGCACGCGGCCAAUGCUACUGAGCUCAAGCUGCGAGAUGUGGACAAUGCCCCCGUCAAGCAGUCGAUGGCGAAAAGGCUCUUUAAAAGUCUCAAAAGCCUCACGACUCUCGCGAAAAGACGCAAUGGUCAGCUUCGUUUAUGGUAUAACAUGGCUAGUGUCAAAGUCGCUACCGACACAGUCGACAUGAUCAAGUGGAAUUCCAUGCAAGGUAUCGAUAUCGAAAGCCAGAUCAUAGCUACCGGGGACCUGUCUGGGUGCACUGUCCUCGUCGUCGCCUCUCCCUUCGCAGUCAUUAUGAUCCACGUAUGGGAACGUCGCGUCGAGAAAAAUAACGAUUGGAUAAUGUAUCCUUUUGGCGCAGCCCAGCAACAAAAGGAUGUUGAAUUCGCCGAGAGAGGCAUGGAACUCCUCCAGUUAGCCCUUCGUUCUUUUCAGGGGUCUAUAGUUGAUGGUUUCGGCAAUUGGUUUCCGGUGGAUACGACUGUGGUGCAAGUUGUAGCGCCGGGCAGCAACCGGGAAUAUGAUAAUGAUCCUAAUUUUUUUAACCCCUGGUAUACGCUACAUGAUUCGGGUAACCCGAUGGGAUUGAUUUACCCACAAGCUGCAAAUACAUUACAGCAAUUGGCCGUGGCUGUGGUGAUUCCUGGAAGGCUAGCGAGGCAGAGCAUGGUUAAUUCAUAUCGGAGGAGGUUUUCGAACGAUAUAGCUCAUGGGAUGGAUGAUGCGGAGUUCGUUGUGAUAAAGCCGAAGAUUAUGGAUAAUAAGGAGGUGUGGGCGGUUAUGCAUUACGAUGAUGUUCAAGCAGUGCCGAUUGUAAGGCUGUCGUAA